AGAUUUUGAAAGGCACGGAUUAUUUGAAGUUACAUUCAAGUGAAAUUAAUAUCAAAAAAGCUCAGCUUACACUAAGUGAUGGAUCAGUGUUACAAGAUCUCGGCAUAGAAUAUGAUAAAAAAUGGACAACUGUAACGCUGAAAUUGCCGAAGCAUAUUUCCCCUCAAAAAGCAAAAGUUUCUUUGGACUUUGUGGGUGAAUUGAAUGAAAAAAUGCGAGGUUUCUAUCGAUCAUCCUACAAAGAUGCCGAUGGAAGGGAAUGUUAUUUAGUUGCCACACAAUUUGAAAGCACUUAUGCUAGGCUUGCAUUUCCUUGCUGGGACGAACCUAUCUAUAAAGCAAAGUUCGAUGUUACACUUAUAGUGGAUGAAGGACUUACAGCACUUUCGAAUAUGAAUGUUAUAAGCGAAACAAAGGUAGACAAUAAAAAGGUGGUGAAAUUCGCAACUACUCCAUUAAUGUCAACAUAUCUUGUUGCGUUUGCUGUCGGUCAGCUG